UGCCAAGCAAGGCAAAAAGCAUAGCAGCAAGUGCGGAAAAGCGCACUUGAAAGCGGCCAGUCGACACGCCAAGGGGUUGGUGCGGUGGUGCGGUGGUGCAGCGAACAUUGCAUGGGAUUCUAAUUUUAAAGCUGCAGCUAAAAAGCAGAAGAAAUUACACAGCCAGUAAACAAAGAACUCCGGACAUGAUCGGUUGAUCGCGGUGAUGGCACAGACGUUUCGUUUUCGCAACCGUUGCACUCACUUACUGGCCAUACACUUAUUGUGGACUGAGAGUUAAGCUGCCACAUUGACAAGUCAUCGUCGUCAUCGGCGCCGUCGUUCGCAGCAUAAACUUCAAGGUGAACGACAACAAAAACACCAAAAGCGCACUUGAAGAGCAGAGGCAAAGGACGAAGAACGUCAACGCACUCCGGCGCACCAAACAGUCGCUCCUUGAUGGUGGUCUACGGCAGCAUAUGUUGCAGAAACGACAACAAAGCAUAAACAGGCGAAGGCGAAGAAGAAGCUGGGGAUUUGAAUGAAAGAAAGAGUUGUGGCAAUUGUAUGCGAAUCAAGGGUCGUGCAACAGCGAAACAAAAACAAUAUACCUAUUUAAAGACUCAAAUAUACGAUUGCAUACGAUUACAUAAAGACUAACAACAAUAACAAGAGCAAUCAGCGCAGACGAUGGCUAAGACACGAAUAAAAACAACACCGACGCGCUUGCAGAAGGAUGCGUUAAUGGCAUCAGCCGGCACCGUCACUGCCGCCGCAGCCAUAACAAAGCCAGUGCUAACGACGUACCAGACUGCUGCACCGACAGAUGAUGUCAAGAAACGCCUACGUAACUCAGCGGUCCUGUCCAAGCCAAUGCAAAGCGCUACCUCGACGAUCAUUGUUGCAGCACCGAAACGUACAAAUUCCAUUUCAUCUAUCGCCUCAUCAAUUUCGCAGAUCAGCGAUGCACACUCCGACACCGAAUCACCUCCACCACCCUCCGUGGCAUCCACCACAACAACAAAAUCAACAAAGUCUCUACUCAUUGCAAACACAACCUCACAAGCGCCGCGCACACUCAACAGUUUGCUGUGCAAACCCGCGCCCACACCCGCAGCGCCGCGCAAUCGCAAAGUAUUUAUGAUUACCGAAAAGUCCGAUGAACCGCACGGUGGCGAAACGUCCAGUGCAGCGACGGCUGGAGUGACGCCCGGACAGAAACGGAAGAUGUACUUGAUUAUGGAGGAGAACAGUUGCGCCGAGGCUGGCGAGGAGGAUGAAGGUGACGAUGCUUUAACAAAAGAUGCACAUAAGUAUUUAAAACGAGAAAAUGGUCUGAUUAUAGGUGCGGGCGGUUCGAAAAAGUUAACGCUCUUUGCGGACAAAGCGGACAGCGGUACGCUGACGGAGAAGUUCGAAAAGAUACUGCCGGAAAUACUGAAUCGCAUACAGGCCAAAGACACAGGUGGAGGCGGCGCCGGACCAGUAUUGGCGGCACUUACGGCGACGUCAGCGCCGCCACCUACGGUGACCUCGAAACUGCUGAACGGCAGCACUAAUCUGAAUGUCAUUAAGUCUGAGCCAAUACCGCACCAACAACAGCAGCAGUCGCAUUUUCAACUCAAACAAGAGCACAACAACAAAACGCCGACCGAAGCGAACAAUGAAAGACUACCAAUUACACUGCCACCAAAAAAGAAUCGUACAAAAAUCAUUACAACUCACCUACAAAAUUCAGCCUACAAUGGCGCUCAUUUCACUGACAACGCGAAUAGCGUUUGGGGCAAUUACAACAGCGGUAGCAGCGGCAGCAACAACAAUAAUAAUAACAGCAAUCACAAGAUUGGCGCACAGUGUCAUAUUAAGCAGAUCUCUGCCGCGACGCCGGUCAUUGUGUCGGCAGUUACGAUGAAUGCACGCCACAACAACAGCAGCAACAAUAACAGUCAUGCUAAUAACACGACAAGUGAGAUCAAACGCUUUGCGCCCAAACAGAGCAACAACAUUAGCACAACAAACAACACGAAUAUUAGAUACGCGAGCAAUUGUAACGGUCAAGCCGUCACAUCUAUGGCCCAAGUGGAAUUGGUGCCGCAGAAGAACAUUAACCUCUCCACCGAUUUCCACUUCCUCAUCAAAAUGCUGCCGAAGCUGGAGAGCAUACCCGAGCCACAUAAGAACAAUGUGAAGAAUUGCAUCGAGAAGAUAAUCACACAAAACGCGAACAUAUUUGCCAAACAGUAGCAGACGUACUAUUGUAUUACGAAAAAUCGGAUCGGAGUCGAUUUCGAUUCGAGUAUUGCUGCAUUUCAUCAAGUGAACAUUUUCAUCUAGUUAGUCAAUAGUAUUUACUUAUAAGCAAAGUAAAAGAAUAUUUUUUUCUUAUUUUUGCUAAACCUUUGCAAUUAAUUUUAUGUAAGCCAGCGCACUUUUCCAAAAGUCAUCGCCUUUUUUACAAACGAAUGUCGGGCAUUCGCAAAAAUUUCGUAGUUUUCGUAAAGCCAUAGUUCGUAAGACUUUUGCAUAAGUAUUUGAAGUGUAUUUUAAUUAAGUUUUGCAUAUCAAAUGCUGUUAUACACACCUACAUAUUUUUAGACAAGUGCAUUUUCAUAUACACUCAUACAAACGCGUAUGUGUGUGUUUUACGCUUUUUUCAAAGACAUAGACUGACGGCGGUAAGGCUGCAAAUUAUAUUUAGCUAUAUACUUCAAGUGAAUUUAAUACGAAAAUAAAAAAAAACAAUGUAUUACAUACAUAUA